GCACGCUGCGAGGAAAUGGAGAGGACUUUGCCGUUUCCCUGUGCCUAUGCAUUGAAGGCAGCCCUGCACAUCACAUUUGACGUUCUCGAUCAGAUGGCGCUUAUGUCGAGGACCACAUUUGAGAAGCUUAUGCGGGACAUCAAGAAACGAUCGAAGGAGUCAUUGGUCGUCGAGCGGGCGCUGAGCCACAUUGUGUCCAGCAUUGACGCGGGCAACGUCGUGAUGUUUGGGCCCGCCUUCUACGUGGCCUGCAGCCUGUUUAAGGACGAGAAGCCGCCGCAGCUGGCCCGUGGCACGUGCCUCGUGCGGAGCGUGUUUGUCACGCCUGGCCGGCUCAUUUUUCGUCCUCCGCAGGUUCACUUUGAGAACAGGAUUCUGAGUGAGUUUAACGCGGAAUUCGCCAUACGAGUGUCGUUCAGGGACGACAACCUGGACAAACUCUCCUUCUCACUCAACCUGCACUCGUCACUGGAUGCGAUCCUGAAUGCCGUCGUUGCCCGCUUCCUGCACGAUGGGCUGCAAGUUGGCACCAGAGAGUUCAAGUUUCUGGCACCUUCUACUUGUCAGCUUCGUGACCACGGGAGAGAGCUCCUGAAGCCAACGUACGUUGUGACAGCCAUUGCUUCUGACUCAACCACAAGGCAGAGUGCAAAGGUUUCACCACUUUCAACUUGCAAGAAAAAGCCUGUUAGUUUUUCAGGAACAAUCAGUGCCAAGUUGUCACUUGAAUUCGAUGCCUACAAAAACUCAAAGUUGGCCUUCCCAAUCGGCGUUACAGCCACAGCAUCUGGGAACAUAAUCAUUGCUGAUACUUCUCAGGACAGGGUUAUGGUAUUUGACCCUAAUGGACGCGGUCUUCACAAGGCCACCUUUUAGCACGCUGCGUUUUCACGAGGUGGGGCUUCAGCCAGUGGUGCCAUGGUCUCUAUGGAGAUCGAGAUCAACAUCGCGAACCGAACCACGGACACGGUGGCUGUGCUGACGCUGACGAAAACGCAGUUGGCGUUUCGCGGGCAGCUCCCAGCGGCAACUAGUGGAUGCCAGCACCAAGUGACCGAUGUUCGAGAUGGUCUGUGCGUCGUUGGACUGGCUGUGUCUUAAAAAAGUCACGCCGUGUUUCUUGACAGAAGAAUAGUCGAAAAGGCCCGCCUGCUAUCUUCGGUGUUCCCGGCCUGCGACGUGAACGGUGGUAGUGACACCGAGUGGCACCUGUUUGGCCAGGACGUUUAUGUUUUAUUGCGUAAUAUUCAGUUGCAUAUUAGUUGUGAUAUUUGUUUGAUUCGUAUGGUUACGUAUUAAUUCUUUCAUUCGAAUUCGGGUGCUCCUGUUUACAAGUUUAUCUUUACGAAUUCGAUGUGUGAAUGAGCCUUGGUACCUUAGAAACUUUUUGUAAGUUAAUCCAUACUGAUAUGUGAAUUCGUUAUUUACCAAUAUGUUCAUAAUUGUAUAAAUCAUAUGUUCGAGCGUUGAAACAGCCU